AUGUCUGCUGCGGUCGCCCCAGCCGUAUCGACUCUUCGAUCAAACAUGUCUUCCUCCCCUAUGGACUCGAAGAAGAUAGAAAAAGAAGACUCGCAGGCCGCGUCUACAAAGGAUCAGAAACCUAACGUAGAGACUCAGACCUCGUUGGCGCCGCCUCCACGACCGGGUGCGCCUACUGCGUCUGAUACUCCAGACUACUUCAGUUCCAUGCACAAUCCCUUCUCGCUUGAGCCCAAUCCAUUUGAACAGUCAUUCGGAGGGAACCCGGCGAAUGAGACCCCAGGCAAAUCGCUCCUGCCCUCCGUCGCUGCCCUCACCUCACCGGCCUUGCCUGGAACCAGUUCUGCCAGCGGUUAUAAUUGGUCUAACUCCCUGCGCUCGGGACCCCUUAGUCCGGCUAUGCUCCCAGGGCCGACCGGCCCUAAUGACUACUUCGACAGCAUCGGUCGCGGCUUCCCUACCCCGAACGAGUCCUCCAUGCGCACGGGACUGACCCCUGGUGGGGGAGGCUCUAUGUUCCCGGCCCCUAGUCCCAACUCACAGGCUCUCUUGCAGCAACUGCAGAACGGUGGCGCCACACCCUCCACUAUUGAUUUCCAUCGCACCGCACUCACAGCCAAGAAGAAUAACGCGAAUGCUCCCACCUCUAACCCCACCGAGCAGGAAGCUGUUAAGAUGGAUGUUAAACCAGCUCGGCCUGCUGACUUCACCCAGCAUGAUGCAGCUGAUGCAGCAAAUGGACUCUUCAUGUUGGCCAAGGGUGGUCAGGCCAACAAUGCCCCAAUGAACCACGCCCCAAUGCAAACGGAUACCCGUGCUGCAGCUGCCCGGCGUGUGUCUCAGAAUACCAAUGGUACCAGUGUCGAGGAUGUUUCUGACAAUGAACCCACUAAACCCACCAAGGGCAAGGGUAAAAAGAACGCCCCCAAGGCCGCCGUCGUUAACAACCGCCGUAAGGCCGAGGAUGGCCCCAAAGGUUCCAACAAACGGACUAAAGCCAAUAUGGAGAUGCCUUCGGAUAUGGAUGAUGACGACGAUGAAGACGAUGAGAUGAAGCAGUUCCCAAUGGAUACUAAGAAGAUGACUGAUGAAGAGAAGAGACGUAAUUUCCUGGAGCGGAACCGCGUUGCGGCUCUUAAGUGUCGUCAACGGAAGAAGCAAUGGUUGGCGAACCUCCAAGCCAAGGUGGAGCUUUUCACUACAGAGAAUGAUGCCCUUACGGCGACGGUGACUCAGUUGCGUGAGGAAAUUGUCAAUCUCAAGACCCUCCUGCUAGCACACAAGGACUGCCCGGUCUCUCAGGCCCAAGGUCUGGGCUCUCUUAUGAUGAACGGCAUGUCCGCCGGAUACGACCCCCACGGGUAUAACAUGCCUCCCAACAUGGGCAUGCAGCCCGGUGGCAUCCCCACACAAGGAAUGCGUCGCGCAUGA